AUGACCACAGCGCUGAAGAACGUCCUGGAGCCUGUAGUGAUCAUUCUCAUUUUCGCUGUUGGAGUCGUCGUGAAUCGUCGACGACCGUUCAGCAGUCUGUGGUCAUACCUUUCUGCCUCUGAUGCCGAGACACCUCUCCUCCACGCAAACACCAACCACCCAGCGCGUCAUGCCAUACCAAUUCCUGACAACACGUGUUUCAGACAACGGCACACGAGCAGGCUGCUGGCCUUGUUCCCGUUUACGAUCGAGAUUUUUUACUGGCUGCUCACCUACUGGCCCUACCAACUUCUGCGGGCCGCCUCUGCCGUGUUCAUAAAUGCCGAUCCUCAGCGAAAAGCAGCCACGAUUAUCCUCGCCCAGGCACACGCCUCGGAAAUCAUGGCAAUUGAGAGCAGAUUAGGUGUUGCCAUCGAGCUCCAAUUCCAGCGGUUCGUUCUCCGGUGCCACCCGAUGCUGAUGGGGUUCUUAAAGCAGCUUUAUCUGGCCCACAUAGCCAUUGGAAUCGCCUUUCUGGCCUAUGGGUUCACGUACUUUCCUCGGCGCCGCUUCACGGCUGUCCGGCGCACUAUUGCCCUCGACAAUCUCCUCGCAUUUCCCAUAUUGUCAUUCUGGCGGUGUGCCCCGCCGCGACUUAUGCCGCGGACCGUCGGCUUCGUUGAUGUUAUCCACGCAGGCAGCGAGACCAGUGCAUGGGCCAAUAAUCGCUUCCAGUUGACACUCGCUGCGAUGCCCAGCCUCCAUUUCGGCACAUCGGUCCUUCUGGCGACCAGUAUUGUUCUGUAUGGACGACACCAGUGGCUGCGAAUCCUUGCCCCCUUAUAUCCCAUGCUGAUGGGCUUGAGCGUUGUCGCAACCGCCAACCACUGGGUGCUAGACUGCGUCGUUGGGGUAUGUGUGGUAGCCGCAGGGAGCUACUUCAAUCGCGUGCUUCUCGGAAUGCGGCCAGUGGAGGAGUGGAUUUUCUGGUUAUGCCAAACGGAGCGCCCACAAUACCGGGAAGACGGGAAAGGCUGGUCAGUAUGA